UGAAAGAGGAAAGUCAAGAACUGAAUGUAGUGGAGGAGAAACAUCAGUAUCAGGAACCUCAUAACGUCACAACUGGAGAAAAAUUAUUUAGUGGAUCUCAGACUGAAAAUGAUUUCUUAGAAAACAUAAUGGAAUCCAAAAAUCCUUUCACAUGCCCUCAGUGUGGAAAGAGUUUUCUUCGUAAAGGACUCCUCAAUGAUCACAUCAAAAUUCACACUGGAGAGAAACCUUUUACGUGCCAUCAGUGUGGAAAGAGUUUCAUGCGUAAAGGAGUCCUUAAAGAACACAUAAGAAUUCACACUGGAGAAAAACCUUUCACAUGCCAUCAUUGUGGUAAGAGUUUUCUGCGUAAACCAGCACUCGGUAAUCACAUAAGAAUUCAUACUGGAGAAAAGCCUUUCACAUGCCACCAUUGUGGAAAGCGUUUCAAAACUAAAGGAAGCCUUCAAACUCACAUAAGAAUUCACACUGGAGAGAAGCCUUACACAUGCGAUCAGUGUGGAAAGCGUUUUACAGAGAAAGCAAAACUAAGGCAUCACUUAAGAAUUCACACUGGAGCAACACCUUUCACAUGCACAGAGUGUGGAAAGAGUUUCACACAAACAGAUAGUCUUCGAUAUCACAUGCAAGUUCAUGCAAAUGAGAGGCCUUACAUGUGUUCUCACUGUGGAAAGAGUUUUUCACGGCUGGACUGUUUUAAACUGCACCAUAAUGUGCAUAAUGGCGUGAAGGCUCAUGUGUGCUCUGAGUGUGGGAGUAGCUUUCGUAGAGCAAGCGACUUAGAACGACACAGAAGAAUUCAUACUGGAGAGAAACCUUACAAGUGUUCACAUUGUGAAAAGACUUUUAAUCAAUUAGGACUACUGAAAAUCCAUGAGAGAGUGCACACUGGAGAGAAGCCAUACCACUGCACUUUAUGUGGGAAGAGUUUUAGCACUUCAAGUGCUCGAAUGAUUCAUAAGAAAAGGUGUUGUCAAAUUGUCUAAGCUUCUGGUCGAAUGUUUUUUUUAAUAGUGUGAAGUUUAGGUUAACCCAAACAUGGCAAUUCUGCCUAAAGAGCAGUUUAUCCACAAGGGUAAUUUGCUAAAAUACAUUACCCGUAUUGGUAAAGUUUGUAACAGAAAUGUAUACAGAGAACAAAUCACUUAUGCUGCAUUCCAUUCAACUCAGAAAGUCAAAUUUGAUACUAGGAAAAGUGCAAUGGAAUGCCACUUGAAGUCAGACUGCCAACUUGGAAACUCUUUUUGAAGAUUUUGCGUGAUGUCACACAAACGUGUUUUCACCCAGGGAGAUUUACAUUUACAGGGAGUCAAUGACAAACAUU